AUGUUUGGACCCUCAUUUUUGGCUAAUUCAAAUUUCCUCAAUGGUACUUUGACUCAAGCUCCAGAUUCUUCACAGGGUACAUUACACCAUACACCUUACAAAAAUUUCACCACCCCUGCUUCUUAUUUAUUAGCAAAUAGGUGGCUAUUUUUACCAACUUCACCAGCUCCAUUGGAAGAUGAUUACAUUUGUCCAGAAUCUGUUAAACUCAGGCUAGAGGAAGAUGUAACUGAUAUGAAGAAGGAAAAGGAUGAAUUAUUGACAGAUGUAGAACUAUUUGAAGCUUGUGAAUUUAUCAUCAAAUGGGUAGUUCAAAAAUCUGGAUCUGAUGAAUUAGUUGAAUUUAUUAUGGAAAAAAAUGAUUGA